GCCGCGGCCGCGGGCGGCGCCGCCUCCGGCCCCGGCUCAGCUGCCAAUUCAGACGACGACGAGGCGGACCGCGUGCUGGACGCACUCAUAGAGGGCGACGGCGCGCCGCCGCCCGAGACGCGCGCCCUCAUCACGCCCGUCGACCCCGAGCGCCUGCUGGCCGACCCCCUGCUCGCGCGCCUCACCGCCGACUUCAACGCCUUCACGUACGACUUCUUCGGCGAGCCCGGCGCCGGCGGCGGCGGCGGCGGCGAGCUGCUGGGCGGCGCGCUGGAGGACGGCGGCGGCGGCGGGCUCGAGGAGGGCGAGGACGGCGGCGGCGCGGGGCCCGCGGCGGGGGCGGUGGCGGACCUGUCGGCGAUCGGCGACUUUGAGCCGUUGGACCCUUCGCUGCUGCUGGAGGCGCAGGACGUCGGCGGCGGCGAGGGCGGCGGCGGCGGCGGCGCGGGGCUGUCGACCUGGGGCAGCAUGGACCCCGAGGCGGCCGCGGCGGCCGCGCAGGGCGGCGGCGAGGGCGGCGAGGCGCUGGCGGGCAAGCUGCAGGGCCUGGCGCUCGGCUCGCCCUGGGCGUGA